CAUGAAGCGCGACCACCACCUUACGGGUACGAUCGGUCGAGGAGAGAGCACGAGCAAGCUGAGAUCAAGCAAGAGGAAUCGCGAGUAAGCGACAAGGCCCAAGGUGAGUCCAAGAGUGAGACGGAGGCCGAAUUGGUCGACCACGAUAAGUAUGAGGUGGAAAUUAUGGUGGAAUCAGUCGAGUAUGAGAAACCGCACUCGUUCAACAAAGAGGUUAUGAGCGAGGCCAAUGGAGUCGAGGACGAGAAGGGCCAGGAAGAGGUUACGUUCGAAGUCCUAAACGUCGAAGAGGAGGCGACUUCCCAACAAACUAUCGAUGCCAAGAGCGAGGUCAUGGUCAAGGUCGAGGAGGACCAUGAAUGGGAUGCGUGCGCGGUUAAAGAACGAGUGCCUGAAUUUUGGAUGUUCUAUGAUGAGUCCUUGAGGACAAGGACAUUCUCAAAGGGGGCGGGAAUGAUGCAGACGUGGGUUUCGAGCCCCGACGACAAGAAGCCUCGACCCACUCACGCUCGAUCCUUGUAUAGUAGACCCUUGUAUGGCCGACCCUCGGCUCACAGGUUUUGCCUCAUGCGCUCGUGCAUCGAUCUGUUGGGCCUUUCGUCGGCUACCAUGGUUCACGCCUAUGCGAACUCCUCGAUCCAAGCCUGUCCGUGCUAUGCGCUUACACCUCAUGCUCCUCAGGCUCAUGCAGUGUCUUCGUGCGUGUAUCUUUGUGAACGUGCGAGCUCUUCUCGCGCGUACCCGCUCCUUUGCACAAGACAUCCAUCGACUACCUCGUGUUUGCGUGGACUCGUGCCUCUUCUCAUGUGCUUGAGUGCCUCGCAUACGAGCUCGUACCCACCUCUUGGGCCAUGCGUGAGUUUCAGCCUCCUCGGGUCGUCUUGGCUCUUGGCCCUUCUUGUCGCCGGGGCUCGAAACCCACUUCCAUAUCAGCACGCGCGGGCGCAGGUAGCAUGCCCGCAGUGGCAGCGCGCGGGGCAUGACUUGCCUAGCAAGAAACCAAGUUUGGGAGACCUUUUUGAGCUGAAUCUUAUUUCUUUUAAUUAUAGAAUUAGGAGAUCUA